GGGGGCCCGGCCGCGGCGCUCCCGGGCGGGCAGGUUGGGGUCGAACCCCGAAACGAGCACUUCCCGAUUUAUUUCAUUUCUUCCAGCUGCCGCGACAUCCCUUCAGGCUGUAACACGCCGACUCCUGAAUUUCCCGCCGCCGGGCAAGGAGCUGGGAGCAUCCUCUCGGGAUGGGGGGCCGGCGGUCUCCGUUAGAACCGGGCGUACCGUGCCAGGCAAAGUUAUGGGGUGACCUCGGGGUGUUCGAAGAAGAUGAGGAGCUGGAGGGUUUCAGAAGGGAGGCGGAAGUUCUGCGUGAGAAGCUGAGGGAGGCUCUCAGUCAUACAUCUGGUAACAUAAGGCAGUCCAGUUCUUUGACCGACCUCACCUCGGACAGUACCUGGGAUCAGCAAAAGCCUCACUUGUUUCCUAAAUCCCGCUUGAGGCCAAAAAGCGCUUCAUCUCCCUGGAUUCCUUCCAUCACCAUCCCUCAGCCUUUCAAAAUGACACUGCGGGAAGCUCGCAAAAAGUCCGAGUUGAUGAAGUCAUACAUGUUUCUUGAACUAGACAAAGAGAGAGACAAAAGGCAAAGCCAGGAUGAAGCUGAAUGUCAGAAACAAUUCCGGGCACAGCCUGUACCUGCCCAUGUGUUUCUGCCCCUUUAUCAGGAAAUAAUGGAGCAGAAUGAGAUUCGCAGGCAAGCAGCAACACAGAAAAGAAAGGAGCUGCUACUUUCAACACAGAGGCCCUUCAGUUUUCUGGAGAAGGAAGAGAAAAAGAAAGAAGCUAUCAGACAAAAAUUCCUGGCAGCAGCAACCCCAAAUGAGAGCUCCAAACAGAAGCAAGCCAGUAAAAAAGUUCCUAAAUCUACUUAUGACUCACUUCUUGGAGAUAAACUCAAAGAAGCUGAACUCUACAGGGAAAUCCGUAUUCAAAUGAGAGCAAAUUAUUUGCUCAAGAGCUCCGUAGCUCCUAUAGAUACCAGCAACUGUCGGAGAGAGCCUCAGUCCCGAACUGCCACCAGAACUAAGCAGGAAAGACUUGGCUUCUUACAGGACAAAAGUUUCAGCUUCAAGCCAAAGAUUAAUCCAACAAUACCAGAUUUUGAAGAACUUUACUGGGCAUUUCAGAGGAAAACAGUAAGGAGACAAGAAAUCAAAGAGCCAACUCGUAAUAAGCCAUUCAAGCUAAGAACCUCCAAUCUCCAUGCCAGGCAGAGGCAGGCUAAUGAAAAGACAAAGGAUUCUCAGAAGCUUUCCAAGGUUUCAGUGCAAAAAAGUCAGUCUCUGCCUGGACUUUCCUCUCUCUCUUCCAACACCCUUCCUGUGCAUAUUACAGAUGCAACUAGAAAGAGGGAAUCAGCUAUCAGAUAUGCCCAAGAUAACAAAAAGGAAGGGGACAAAGAAGGAAUUUAUUGGCUGGAGAAACAGAAAAUGAAAUGUCAAGCUAUGCAAAAGUCUGUGAACAGCCGAGCAAAAGCACUGGAUCCUCAUAAAAGUUUGGAGGAAACACAAAAGGAGAAGUCAAAACAGAAUCGGCAAAAUAUGCAAGACAGAACAAAAGAAUACAGAAAGGAGCUGGAAGAAAUGCAGCUGCGAGUCAAGAACAGACCAUACCUCUUUGAACAGGUCACCAAGCAUGAUGCUCGUCGAGGAGCAGAGCGUCGCUACAGACGCACCCUCCAGCAGGUUGGCCUAAGCGAAGAAUUUGUAAAGAAAAAAGGGAAAGAUGCCACUGACCUGCUGCAAGAAGAAUCUGGUGUUCACAGCAUUGUGGCUUCUCUCUCUGAAUUCCUAUGGCUGCACCCUAUUUCAUAUGCACGGGGCAAACCAUUUCUGGUAUUAGACAAUCACUGUUUCUGCAGACUGCCUGAGGCUCGGGGCGAAAAGGACGACUGUAUGGAACAGGAAGGAGUACCUCAGGAGGAACAGAGUGGAAAGGAAGUGGCAACAUAAAAGCUCACAGAAGAAUCCAUCAAUUCUUUUUGAAUCUUGACCUUUUUUUGUUCAAGAUUCUCCAGGUUAAGCCUCAGGAACUUAAUAGUUUAAGCUGACACCUAAGAAGUGCUGUGGGGUGAGAUGGGAGAAUUUAGUAAAGCAGCUGUUGUUUAGAGCAUGUCUUGUUCAGCCCAGCAAACCCUGCAGCCUCCCUCAGUCUUCGAAACUGUCCCUUGCGUGAGCUGUUUCCCUUUAAUGAGCAACAAGACAAUUUAAAGAGGUUGAAGCACUAUCUUUGGAUAAAAGCAGAUAUGAAAGAUUGAAGAGGUGCAUUCUCUAGUAUCAGCUCCUUGCAUUCAUGCCACAGAAGCACACAGGAAAGGGAGAACGCCUUCCACUGUCCUAAACCUUGUUUUAGACACACAUCUAGUAGAAUGCUUUCAAACAAGAUGUUUCUACAAAAACAAUAUCAGGAUUUGACCUACCUUGGGAGAAGACUCAAAGGGAAGUAAGUCUUUCUCUGGUGUUUUCAUUCACUCGCUACCAGCUUUGCUCCUUCCUCCCACUGGUAAGAAGCAAUAGUCUUCCUAUAUUAAAAAUCUCCUAUGUUUCGUGAUUUGAAAGUGUUUCAACAUCUUACCAAUUGAGCUCAUUAAUUUGGCCCAAAAACAACCAAAGUUAUGAAGAAGGUUGUAAUUAAACAGUGCAUCACUUCAAAUUAUUGUUGUCCUAAUUGUAUGAUUAUGAUAUCAAAGAUGGAUUUUGGAGGAAAAAAAGAUUGUGUAUUACCUGCCAGCAUGUCAUACUCAAAUGCCCAGUGCAUCUUGAAUGGUGUAUUUCACACUUUAGUGAUCUCCCUUUAGCUGACACUAACAGCCAUUUCAAAAACAAAAAUCCUUGCCACCUGGAAUGUUUUCUGAGAAUUUUGCACUUUGACAUUAAAAUAUUUUAAAAUGGAUACCAUGUUUCUGUAUUGCUCAAUUUUUCUUAUCUAUCUUCUUUUCCUCACUUACUUAAAUAGAAUCUGUGUCUCUUUUUGUCACCUCAAUCCUUUUUUCCUUACACUGUAACAACACAGCCUUAUCAUCAAAAUCAGAAAUCCAGUAUCUGUAAGAGCUACCACAUUAGACAAAGAUAUAAAACUGAAAUAAUCACAUUUUUAAUCAUAACAAAGUAUUAAAUCCAAGAAUUUGUGGCCCAGAGGUUUCACACUGCUACGUUACAGGCUGAAUGCACUGGACUGCAGCAGUCCUCGUUUGCGACUCAGUUUCCGCACUGAGAGCGGGCGUAAGCACCUCGGAGGGUUCCAGGAAGCCUCUUACCAGUGUAGCAGUUCCUGCAUAGGUUUAAUUGCAUAGGACAUACAGAGGCUGUUCUUUCUCUGGGUACCCCCUGGAAAAGAGCAGUGAUGUAACCAUAUUGUCACCAUGCCUUGCCCACAUUGAAAGAGGAAAGAAAGAAGAUUACUUCCAUGCUCGAAGUCUGUGGUUUAAAGCCUCUUUGUAUGGAUAUAUUUGGAGCAGUGGGACUGAAAUUUUAAUACAUACAUUUUAAGGCGUAUUUACUAAAACUGGUUGCUAAUUUCCAUAAUAAUAGUUAAUGGUGCUGAAAAAAGACAUUUCCAAGUAUGUGAAGUGUAAGGGGAAACCCUAAGAAAGGAGGAACAAAAGUUUUGACUUUAAAUUAUUAUGCCAUAUUCUUUUAACAAAUACUAAGGUGACAUGCAUGAAUAUAAUAACAAAUAAAUUAAAGUCUUCAUAUUGGUCCCUAAACAGAAAUUGCUGAAAUGUGAUGAAAGUAAAAGCAUCAAACUAAGUAACUGAAACUCACAUCUCUCUUGCUAAACAAAGUUUUGUUCUGAAAGGAAGAUUACAUUUCUGUAAUCCUAAAAGAGAUCUGUAAUCUCUUAAUAUGUCUCAAAAGUGGUAUGGAAAUAAAGAGUUUCAACUGUG